AUGGACUCCUCCUCUCGUGUCUCUAUCGCCUGCGAGACCUGUCGGAAGCGGAAGCGCAAGGUGAAUUCCCACGUACACUGCGAUGGUCUGCGUCCGGCCUGUUCUUCCUGUCUGGCCCGAAACACCCCCUGCGAGUAUAAUGCAGAGAAGCGGAUCAAGCGCAGAGUGGACCUCAACUAUGUGCGAACGCUGGAAGACCAGAUCGCGGCACUUAAGGAGCAAUUGGCACGGGGACAAUCCCAGCCACAGAUCACUGUCAAUGAAACUGUGUUGACUCCUGUUGACCAUCGCGAUGAGCGGGCCGACAGGGACGAUGAUGCUGUUGCAAUAAUCCCGCCUAGCAUGAGCACGGCGAUCGAGGAUGUCAGCGCUCUCAUCUGGCGCAUGAGCAUUGACAACAACGGCGACGCAUCCUUCAUUGGGCCGUCCGGCAACUUCUGCUUUCCCGUCGUGCAUUGGGACGAUGCGGACCUUGGUCAUGAGAGUAGGAUCACCAGGGUCACGGCCGCACCAGCGAUAAGCGCCAUUCCUGGGCCAAGCAGUGUGCAGCUGCAGCAGCUGCAGCCUAUGAUGUCGGACCAGGUGGAUUGGCAUCUCAUUGACCUGUUCGCGCGCUUAAUCAACCCCAUCCAACAAUUUGUAGACCCCGAGACGCUGCAGAAACUCCGCGGAGAUAACCUGAAUCCAGGUCUCCGACUGAUCAAGACCGCUGUGCUGGCGGCGGGGGCUCUAUUUGCUGAUGACGCGCGUAGCAAGGCGCUCGGUGGUGAGGCAGCUGCUGUCGUCGAUGCUACAGCCCUGCAGCUGUGCCGGCAAUCGCCCGACAUCUCGACAAUCCAGGCUCUCUCCAUCAUGUCGUGGCGGGAGCUUAGCUUGGAGCAGCACAAUAUGGCCUGGAUGUAUAACUCAAUGUGUGCCAGUCUAGUUCUACAUCUAGGUCUACCAGCUAGCAUCACGCCAGAUAUUGGCGCAGGCAGUCCCGAGCUGGGCCAUUUCCCUCAAGAUACGCGGCGGCUGCGGGCCCUUUGGUCCUCAGUGUUUCUUGACCGGAUUGCAACGUCUCUAUUAGGCCGAAAUUGUCUGCUCCCGUGGAAGCGAAUCAAAGCACCCUCAUUUCUCAGUGCCGUGGGCCCUUCACCCUCGUUGGACGAGCUCGCCUUUGACCACCAAUGCCGUCUCUGGUUCAUCCACGAUCAAUACAUGGACAACAUUUACUCCUUCAACUUCUCCGAACUCAGCAGCGCUGAUAGAUCCCUCGUCCUCCUAGACGCCCGCGACAAACUUCACUCCUUUUCGCAAAACAUCCACCCCUCCCUGCAGGUCACCACGACCAAGCACCCAACCCCGUCAGCCAUCUACCUCCACAUCUCCUACCAUACCUCCUACAUCCUCGUCCACCGCCCCUAUCUUGCCGACGCGGCCCAAAGCAACCCGCCCAUCCAUCGCCUCGCCUUCCGCUCUGUCUCCACCGCUGCCCGAGCUAUAGUCCGCCUUCUCCGCAUCCACGCCAAGAUCCACUGCUCCUUUACUGAGAUCCCGCCGUUCAUUGUGCACAGCGUGCUCACGGCCGCCGUGACGCACCUGUGCAACACCACGAACACGACGCAUUCUACCCUGCGCAGCCAGGCGACGGCGCACUUCCGGGUGUGCUUCCGGGCGCUGCUGGCUAUGCAGGAGAGGUGGGUGAAGGCGAAGCGGGCGGUGAGACUGUUGCAGGGGCUUGCGCGGAGAUGGCGUGUGAUGGGAGCAUUGCCGUUGCAGCAUGGGUUUGAGAUGGGUCGAGGAGGUGAUGAGCAGGAUGAAAUAGAUGAUGAGAUGGAGUUGGAGGGAGUAGACGCAGAUGCAGAUGCAGCUGCAGACGGCGACGAACCGCGCAUGUCAGCCAUCAUCUUCCCCGAAGCCUUCUUCAACUUCGAUACAGCAGAUGCCCAGCAAUGGGACUUCCUUACAGAAUCGGCACCGUUCAAUCAGAUAUAA